AUGGCGCAGGCCAUCCAACCGCAGCAAAGGCCAAAAAAUAUCUAUAUCGUUGGCGCGCAGUCCAGCGGCAAAACAACCUUGAUUUCCGGUCUCGAAAAGUACUUUCACGAUCAUUCAAACACAACCUGGGGAGCCUCAACGGUAGGAACACCAUUUGUGCUGGAAGAAGUCGCUCGCAAAGUUCCACUGGAUUGCGGGUGCACGGGCAAGACGGUAUCCGACUCCAAGUCUCGAGCGCUGCGACUGCAACGCCUGAUAUUGGAAACGCAGUUCGAAUCCGAGGACGCCAUCAAAGGUCUUUGGUCUAUGCCCGACCAAUCGGGGCUCGCUGGCGAAAGCGAGACGGAGCAGUUAAUGGAGACGAAACAGUGCAGAGAGAUGAAACAUGCGCUACAGAACUCGUUGAUCAUCGUCUGCGAGCCGGUAGUGCCGUGGCUGAAGGGAGAUGGAUUGAGGCUCAUGCCGAAAGACCGCUCGGCGAGGACCGAGCUUGUUUUGCGACUUUCUCAACCGCCUCGGCUUCAGAUACGUGAUCCUUCCCAAAGACCUGACCAAUUAAGACAUACGAGUGCAUUUUGUUGUAACAAAAUGGAAGGAAAUGGAUGA